GCUACCUGCCGCCGCCGGCAGCUCGCGGCCCGCCCCUCGGGGCGGGGGGAGCUCAGCCCAGCCCAGACAAGCCCGGCCCAGCCGAGCCCGGCCCAGCCUAGCACCUGCCGCCCGGAGCUGCAGGAGAGCGGGACGCGCUGCGCUGUGGCCACAGCCGGGUUAGAGAGCAGGGAAGUGCCUUUGAAGAACUUCCUGUUGGAAUGCCUCACAUCAAUGCAGCUGCAGCUCUGCAGAUUUGCGUGUUGCUGUCUGCACUUCCUGCACAAUAUUUCAUAUCCCAGUGGUAUGGAACGGACUCUGCUCAGCGCAUCCUCAUAACAGAAAGGAUAAUUGCCUCUUGGAGCAGCUUUACAAAGUCUUACUUGAAUCUGGAUGCGUGGGCAGAUCGUCUAAAGCUGUGGCUAUCAGUAACAAGGAAUUGGUACUAUGGAGAAAAGAAAAUUAAAAUUGGCGACAAUGAAGCAGAAACCCAUUCUUAUUUUGCAGAAUCAACUCAUGUUCGCAGUCCAAAGCCUGAAUACAUUCAGUUCAGUGUGGGACAGGUAAUAGUUCACAAAAGAUUUGGCUACUCAGGAGUCAUUGUUGGAUGGGAUGUAAAAGCUAACGCUCCAGAAGACUGGCUACAACACAAAUACCCUCCAGCCAAACAGGAUCUAAAAGAUACUCCUCACUAUCGAAUUCUAAUUAACAAAGCAAAUGGAUUUGGCAAAUCUACAGCUUACAUUCCUGAGGAAGAGAUAACAAUUAUUAUGGGAUUAGAGGUACAUCACCCUGAUAUGAAAGCCUAUUUCAGUGGGUAUGAUGGAUCAAAAUACAUUAUGCAGCCGUGGCUGAAAAAACUCUAUCCUCACGACUGAAGUGUUUGUACAUGUAAUAUACAUCCAGACAACACAUUUCCUUUUUAAACUUGAACAAACAGACACCAGGAUAAAACUCAUGUAUGUUUUUUCCUAUGAUGAAAUAAAACAUUCCUAAGCUUGUUUUA